CGGUGGCUGAAAAAGUUGUCUUGAUGCAUCCAUGGUGUACAUCGCAUCCUGGCAGGAAUAUCAGGAGGCGGCUGAGGCCCUCUAUGCAAAAUCUCCCAAUAAUACCCGUUACUGUGUAAAAUGGAAGUCAUCCGAGGGAAAGCUCGUGCUAAAGAUCACCGAUAACUCUUCAUGUCUCAAAUUCAAAACGUAUUCGUCGAUCUUCCUCAACCGAUUCGAGGCUUUGAAUCUAUCGUUGAUGCAGAAAAUGCAGAAUAAGCGCCUCGCCGUCCCAACAGCCCAGACAAAAUCAGAAUCUGUUCAAGAAGUCGUUCCAGGUGGUGCCGCCUCAUCAGCAGUUCCUUCUCAAGGUCUAUCGGCGGCGGCGGGCGGUGUGAAGAAGAAGAAACCAAAGAAGAAGAAGAAUUAGCAUGGGCAUGUGUCUGCGCAGAUGAUUGUAUUGUCAGUGUGUUUGUUUGGUCUCGUGUGUGUAGUUUCUAGCAGCAAUCGCUUUAUGUUCUUUGCAGACAACCAGACUUUUUGGUAUUUGGGGAAGCGUGCCAACGUGUUUGUCGUAUCAAUCCACAAGGAAUCUUAAUCAGCCCCUUUCUUGAUUCAUAUAGAUGGCUCCUAGGUCUACAGGGAGCUUGAUCGAUGGGUCGACUAUCCUGCCACCUCGCACUAUUACCCGCAAUAUCGUUGAGAUUGUCGUGCUAUUUUAAAAUAAUACAAUACCAAAGAAUUACAUGCUCUAGUACAACAAAAGUCCAAAUAUUUGAUAUCUCCCA